AUGGCGUCGUACAUGCAGAUCCUGCAGCGUCUAAACGCUGUCGUGGAGGAACAGCACCGCAAAGAAUUCCGCGUGACGGAACUCGAGGGGGUGAUUGCAACGAGCAGAGCGGAGCUUGCUGUAGCUAAGGACGCGGUAGAAGAAUUUCAGCAGGAGUGUUUGAAACUGACACAGGCUUUGCACACUAGCAUUGGGGGUCGUACCAAUACACAGGCCGAAGGUCAGCUUCGCAACAAUCAUGCCUUGCCGGAGCGUGAUGCGUCGACUCCCGCACUCGCUGUUGCCACCAAGACGGAACCCAAAUCAUCCAGGACAUCGGAUACGCACUCACAAGGUCAUUGGCGCCCGACCGCGAUGUUCGGCUUCGGUAACAACAGCGACGUGCACGUCGUCGAUACUGAAGACAUUCAAGACAAGAAGCGCAAGACGCCACAGUUCUCCUGCCCGGAGAUGAUUCACGAUCGCUUCCAGUGCGUGGUGCGCCUUGAUGGCGUAUGGACCGCGAUUUCGUGCAACCAGUGCGACACCAACGCAUCCAAUCGUAGCGGUCGCUUUCUGCGUGGUAUUAAUGGUCUGCAUCUCCACGUAGCCCAGGUCCAUUGUCUCCCCGACGGCCCAAAGCAGACGAAGAAGGAGACGCAGGCCCUGUGUCACAAGCGUGCUAUCAGCGACCAAGAUGCGACGCUGAUGGCGAAUGGCGAUGACCCUGUCGAUGUUGCGAUUGAUAUGGUAUGGAUGGUGGUAGGUGGACAUGUCGUUCGUCUCAGCAGCAAGACAGUCGAUAGCGGCGUCUCCGAGUCAGCAAAAAAGGGGACCGACACCACUGCGUGCGACACAGCCACGAGGUUACGUGCUACAACCACCCUACCCACCUCCUCUGAAUCUGGAAUUCAGGUCACGGAAGCAAACAAGCGACGCCACUCGGACGAUGCAAAUACUGGCGUCUCCGGUUGGAAUUUCGAAGGUGGUGUGGAGCGGAAGCGUCGGUACGCGAGCAUGGCUCCACGACUUGGCAGACAUAGCGCAGUCUACCACGACACUCGGUACGAUAGUGAUGAGGACGAUGAGGAGAGCUAG